AUUCACUAGAGCGCGCCUCGCAACGGCAGAAGGCCUGCACGACAAACAAAGAUCGCCUGCUGCUCGGGAGUGUGGCUGCGGGCUGGAAACGCGCUGGAUGCGGUCACCACUCCUCGGCACGGGCCCGUGACUGAUUUUGGGUCAACCAUCUCCGGCUGCACUGCUAGGCCCACACCAUGGAGAGAGCUGGGCCUGGAAGACAUGGCAGAGGAGGGCGCCGCAGCUCUCCAACAUCGACUUCUGCAGGCAGCUGGCAGUCAGCACCUCGCCAUUACGUUCCUGUCACUCAGGUUUUGUCGGUGCAUCCCAGAUCACGGGCACAGGUAUACAUCGCCCAGCCAUCAGUAACGAGGCCCGUUCGCACAGUAGGUGUGGGCGCCUCGACCAGGACAGCGCACUUCCAGCCAGGCAGAACGACGCCGGAGGCGCCCCGCGGCGGCGCCCCCGCAGCGGUUCUCUGCCCCCGUGUGCCUCCAGUGAGAGCUCGCUUUGGCUGCCCUCCGCAGUCGCCCUUCCCCAGGACCUGGGGUGGGUCACAUCCGUGGUCGCGCACUGCCUUCCGACCCUUCAGGGCUCCAGAGGCAGCCAGAGGGAGGGCGCCAACCUCAGUCUCGGCGGGUGACCACACUAUGUGGCAGCAAGUUAGUGCGGCAACUGCAAUACCGCCGCCGCAGUCUUACCGCGGGGUACAGCACAACAGCCUGCGCCGGCGGCAGCAGCAGCAGCAGCAGCAGCAACAGCAACAGCAACAACAGCGGCAGCAGCAGUCACUGGUCUAUGGGGCAGGUGGCUUCUAUGGCUUAGGAGACCCAGAACUUGACCAGGCCCUGGAUGACGAAGUGGCCUGGUACUUCCCGGAGCACCGAGAUCGCCCUAUCAGGAUGUACAUACCGUUUCUCGGGUACAUCCUGGACGAAUAGAUUUGCCAUGUGAGGAUGUACAAACGGUGACGCUGGUAGCUCCCGACCACCAGAGCAGCCCGAUCACGACGUACUCAUUAUGACGACGGUACUUCCACAACCAGUGCACCUGCACCAGCCAGAUGUACAUAAUGCUAUGGUGGUACUUCACCCAACAACUGCAUCUGCCGCAUUUCGCUGUAUAUUCCGUGAUGUUCGGCACUUCACCAGUGUCUGGACCAGUCCCAUCAGCAGGUACAAACUGUGACGCUGUUACUUUCUUGGCCAUCAAUUCCAUCCACUCUGGAUGUGCAUACAGUGAUAUUGGAACUGGAUCUACCUCAUCAGGAUGAACUUUCCGUGACGCUACUGUUUGUUUCUCUACUGACGAGCUAAUGGGCGCUCCACCAAUCUUAAAAGCGUCAGCUGAUAUGCUGUAGUAGCACCAUACACGUUUCACAGCGACAUAAAAAAAUCACACUCCAGUUAUCACCGUGUAAGAUUACCCAACUCCCUGUUAGUAGAAUACAGUGUUCGGUUUGUAGGGGAAUACCAAGGAUUCGAAGCAGUAAGCAGGUUUGGGUGGGU